AUGAGAAGUUUAAUAUUGAGAGUUUUAAUUAUUCAAGGAUUAACAUAUCUGAAUCUUGUGCAGUCUGGAAUCAUAACAGACAUUUAUGGGAACGUUGCAUAUGGAAAUGGGACAAUUUCGUGGGCAGAUAUACCUUCAGGUUUUUCAUAUAAGACGGUUAACAAUUAUGAUCCAGGAGGGCUGGAAGGACUUUACAAAAUGGCACGAGGUUUCAUAAAUAUGAUUCAACCUGAUCCAUUUCCCUAUGAUAUAGUGAAAGAUGUAUUAAGAAGUAGAUUCGACAUAACAACGCAGUAUCAAGAGGUUAUAAAUGCCAGCAUGGGUUUUGGAAUCUGCUUUGGUAUUGGACUGUUGUUUAUUAUUAUUUUACCAAUAUGUGGAUGUUGUUUUUGUUGUUGUCGGUGUUGUGGCAAUUGUGGGCCUGAUAUGAAACAGAUGAAUAAAGCCAAUAUUAAAUGCAAAACAACGGGACUUUCCUCAGCUCUCAUGGUUAUGUCUGUAUUAAUCGUAUCUUCAGCUGUAUGUGUGUUGAUCACUUAUGAUAAGUUCACUGAUGCUAUCAAUUAUGCUGACUCAGCUAUAGCAAACAAUUUGGACGACAUAGACACAUAUAUCAACAAUACUGUUACGGAAUUUAACUACGUUGCUGUAGGAAUGUACCAAAUAGUGAAUGAUGCAUUAACAGCGGAUAUAAACGGAAUGGGACAAAUAAUGGCCGAUGAUCUAAUGGCUAGUCUGAACAUAACUCCGGUUUUAGAUGCUGUGCUAGAACUUGACAACUCACUCCAGGCAAUAAAGACAUCGUUAGACUACGCCGUUGGGAACAUUACAGAGCUUGAAAAUGCAGCCAAUACACUGACGUCUGAUAUGAAUACACUAUCACAAGCUAUUGUAUCAACGCAAUCAGGAUGUCAGUCUAAAUGUUCAGCCGACUGUAGUGCAUUCGAUGCAUCUGUACUGGUUGUAUCCAUUGAUUUUUCCGGUCUUCCAGACUUAUCAGGUACUCAGAAAUCUAUUGACGAUGUGGCAAAUGAAAAUCUGACAGACUUAGUGAACUCGGUUCAAUCCCAGUUUGAUAAUAUGGACAGUACAAUCGAUUCUUCAACUGCCUCCGCAAGAAAUUCUAUUAAGAAUACGUUAGAUACCUUUAAAUCUAGGCUUAACACUAUGGUUGACGAUUUUCAGAAUCAAAUUCAAGGAGCAGUUGACACAUCAACUUUGAAAUCAGAUGUAUCUAAUAUGAUAACACUGGCUAAAAACUAUGACAAGUAUAGCUUGUCGUUUAUAACUGGUGGACCUAUGGAGAAAAUGUGUCAGUCAUUCGAAGAUUUGACUGUAUUUCGUGAUUUUGUGGAUGACAAUGGGAUUCCUGAUUUUAACUUUGGUGAUCUUAUUCUAAAUGACCCGAACACGACAAUAAGCAUCUAUAACCUGAUGAUAGGAUGCAGAACAAACCAGGCAGUGUUUACUCUCCUUCAUCUUGAUAGGUUGAUAAAAAUCGAUGAAUAUCUGAAUUAUACUCAGUAUCUUGGCAACAUUGAAUCACAAAUCGCUUCCAUAAGUAGUUCGAUUGACAUUAGUAAUUAUGAAAUUUUAACAAAAGACUUGGAAGACGCUCUUAACUCCUUUGCUACUUCCGGCCUCGAUGGUAUUGAUUUUGCACAGAUAAAUGAAACGUUGAACCAGACUGUUGCAACAUGCAAUAUGACCUCAGUAAUUUCGACGCUUACAACAAUAGAGAGUCAGUGUAUUCCACCUACUAAGAGUAAUCUCCAAGCAUCCAUAUCUGUAUUAGAAGGUUUGGUUCAGACCGGCAUAACAGAUAAGAUCAAUGAAGUUUUGAUAACCGCACGAAAUGCUGAUGAUCAGAUUCAAAACAACAUGACCAGCAUCAUAUCACAGACUGCAGACAAUUUUAAAAAUCAGCUGUUAUCCUACAUUGACUCGUACAUCGAUCAAGUACGGUAUCUGAUAUAUAAUGAACUAGCAGCGUGUUCACCAAUAUGGAACCUUUGGGAUUCUUUGACAACAACUUUUUGUAAUUAUACAAUCGAUCCAUUGAAUGGAUUCUGGUUUGCACUAGGUUGGGGAUUAUUAUUUUGCAUUCCUUUAAUUAUUAUUGGAAUCAAACUGUCAAAUUACUACAGAAGGAUGAAAGAUAAACCUGAACCGAAGAAGAGACAUGACGAUGAACCUCCACCCCCUUAUACAGAGAAAGUUGAACGUUACGAGGACCACGUGACCAGAAAUCAAGUAGCACCCUAUCAAAUAAUAAGCUUCUACGAAAAAAAUCAUAACAAAAUAAUAGAUAGAGAUAUGAACAAUUGGCCAAUUUUUCACCAUCAGAGAUCAAACAAGGUAUUCCCAAUGUAUCAAACAAUGGACUGACAAAAGAAUGAUUUGCUGCAAAAGUUCUGUGAAAUAUUGAGACUUCCUCCAUGUUUUUUUUGUGUACAAACUUUAAGUGUUUAGCCCAUUUUCAUUUUAUAUCAGUGAUUUUGAAACAGA